CGCGCAAAACGAGGGGAAAACUAACUUGGAAGGGGAAGGAAAAAAAAGGGCAGGCAGGCGCACGAGACCCCGUGGGCGAGAACACCUCCUUCCUGUCGUUUGUUCGUCUUCUUUAUCUUCACCCCUCCCGGAGAUCGCAAAAAAUUUCACCGGGUUCUUCUUCUGCUCUUCCCGUUGACGUUCUCGCCACUGCGGCAGCAAACAAUUCGAAACCCUCUCCCGCACUCCCCUUCCCUUCCGUGCCUAGGCGGCAAGCGCUUCUUCUCUCCUUUAUAACCCAGCGGCCCCUCCCGCGUGAGGCACCGAGGAGGAGGUGGCCAGGUGGGGGUAGAAGAAGAAGAAGAGGGCCGAGCCGAGACGAACCGCGCCGAGCUCUUCUUCCUCCUCCUCCUCCUCCUCCCGGGUUCGUGCCAGGUUUUGGGGAGAUGGAGCCGGAGAAGAAGCCGCCGGCGGUGUCCGACCUCGGCGCCUGGGGGAUGAACGUCGUCAGCUCCGUCGGCAUCAUCAUGGCCAACAAGCAGCUCAUGUCCUCCUCCGGCUACGCCUUCUCCUUCGCCACCACGCUGACCGGGUUCCACUUCACUGUCACGGCGCUCGUCGGAUGGAUCUCCAAGGCCACUGGCUACUCCGCCUCCAAGCACGUCCCUCUCUGGGAGCUCAUCUGGUUCUCGCUCGUUGCCAACACGUCCAUCACCGGGAUGAACCUUAGCCUCAUGCUCAACUCAGUCGGAUUCUAUCAGAUCUCCAAAUUGAGCAUGAUUCCGGUGGUCUGCUUGAUGGAAUGGGUACUGAACAGCAAGCACUACACUAGCAAGGUUAUAUCGGCGGUUGUUGUUGUGGCGGCAGGUGUGGGGAUUUGCACUGUCACUGAUGUGGAGGUCAAUGCCAAGGGGUUCAUUUGUGCUUGCGUGGCUGUGUUCUGCACAUCACUUCAACAGAUUACAAUUGGCUCUUUUCAGAAGAAGUACAACAUUGGGUCAUUUGAGCUGCUGAGCAAGACUGCACCAAUACAGGCAGUGUCUCUUAUUAUACUGGGUCCCUUUGUGGAUUACUACCUCAAUGGGCGAUCGCUGUUAGAGUACAGUUUUUCAACAGGGGCAACUUUCUUCAUACUGCUUUCAUGCUCCUUGGCUGUCUUCUGCAACAUGAGCCAGUACCUCUGCAUCGGCCGGUUCUCCGCAACUUCUUUCCAGGUCCUAGGCCACAUGAAAACCGUGUGCGUGCUGAUCCUCGGCUGGAUUCUGUUCGACUCGGCUCUCACCAUCAAGAACAUAUUGGGGAUGCUGCUCGCCAUCAUGGGCAUGGUAGUCUAUAGCUGGGCCAUGGAGUCCGAGAAGAAGGCCACCGCGCUGAUCCCGCGGAACAAGAGCGACAUGCUGGAUGGGGAGGAUGUGCCCCUGAAGUCCAGAACGAGCGGCCUUCCCGCCUCCGACCUUGACCUUGACCUGGAGGAAGGUGGCCCAACAAAGAGCUAGCCGGUCACCAUUAUUUAUUCCUUUCUUCUUGGUUCUUUUGUACGUGUUUAAUCUGCAUUGUCCGCGAGUCCUCGAAGCCAUCGACACUUGUGUUAAUUUUGCCCCUUGCUGGGGGUUAUCUCAUCAUAGGUGAUGAGGACGAUCCCCGGCCGGUCUCGACGUAGAUGACCGCUUAGAAAAUUCGUCAGGGCCAAUAUAGGCCGGAAGCCAUGUCAAUUCAUGAUGGCGUGUUGUUAUAGAUGACAAUACUUAUAAUGGAAUACAGAUGUUGCCCCGUUGUAGGAUCCGGUGGGUGCUUGGAA